UAGUUACAAAGGGAGGGAAACGGUCCGUAGGCACAGCUGCAGUACAAGCGUGGGCUCCCUGUAGGGGUGUACAGUGAUGCUAUUCGUUCUUACGAAGUAGUGGACUCUUCUCAUCCCAGUCGUAUUCGACCUCCACUACUCCUCCACCACGCUGCACUACUGCCGACGACGGACGCCCACCACGGGCCAGUACACUACACUACACUACACUACACUACACUACACUACACAGUUCUCACCAGAAGUACCCGGUACCGCCUCUCUCGGCGGCGGAAAUCGCAUGUCAAGAACUGGAAGUGAAGCACUACGUCCUCCAUACACCGACAGCGAGGGUCGAGACUUCUUCACUUGAGCGCCGACUACUCCUUCCUCCUCCUCCUACACCUCGCAUCCCACCUCGCCCGACUCCAAACUCAGGCAAAAUCUGCGCAUCAUCGUCCUUUGCAUACUUUUGCGGCUUCAGUUGACAGCGACGAGCAAUCCUCAUCAUACUGCAACACAGGAAUCCCCGCCGGGUAUCGUCGCCUACACCCUGCAUUUGAUUCGCGCACUCGACCAACGACCAAGCUGCCCUCUUGUCACCCCGCCUGCAAGCACGGCAAAGCUGUAAAUUGUCGCGGGAUCGGAUCCCCAAGUCAUCUCUGGCUCUGGGACGAGCAGCGAGAGCGAGACAAAGACGAGAAAGAGGGAAGACACAACCAGCACAACGUCACGAUCAUUAAGUAAAAUCGAGCGCCACUCUUCUUGCGCCUGAUCCCUAGACAAAACUCACAACAUCACUCUACACUGGCGUUAUCCGGUUGCCCAUCUAGGAUUGCAUAGAGGAGGGUCUGUUCCAUUGGAGCAUUUCCCAUAAUGUCUGGCGCGGCACAAUAUGAAGAGCGUGGGGGACUAUUACAGCGUGCCCACCCACCACCUUCUUCCGACACAUUCAUGGCCACUGCCAGUAGCAAUCUCAAUGGAGAGGCUCAAUCUAAUCCUACAUCAUCCUCAGAAACUUCAAUAACAGAGCACGACUUCCGCUUUCCUCGCAGACCCGCAGGCUCAUUUUCCGACGAGGCCUUUACCUCGACUUCCCCCUCCACCGCAAAUACCUCUGUCACUCCGCAGUCAGGAGCGACAUCCUACAACAACACCACAGACUCGAGUUCGAGUGAGGCAGACAAGCUGGAUCUCUCAGCGGGAGGCAGUGCGCGCAAGGAAUUGCUGCGAGAGAGUUUCUUUCCUACAUGGAAAGACGAUGCAGUCGAUGGCUCGCUCGACAGCCCCGACGAGAUGCAAAGGAAGGAUCCAUUGGCAACACAAAUAUGGCGCUUGUACAGCAAGACGAAGAAGCAAUUACCCAACUCGGAGCGCAUGGAGAAUUUGACAUGGCGCAUGAUGGCUAUGAAUUUGCGUAAACAGCGAGCAGAAGAGGCUGCGAGGUUGUCUAAACAACAGGCUCAAUCUGCGCCCAGUGGAAUUGCUCAGUUAAGGAAAUCUUCGGAUCAGACAAUCACUCCAACCAUGGAUCACCAGCAGGACCCCAUGAACCUCGAUGAUUACAUAUUUACGGACAACAUCUCCACGCCUGCUGGACUCGGAAUGUCGCCCUCGCCAGAGAUGACAAAGAAGGAAGUCGGGAAAUCCCAUAUUGAGAAGUCUAACACUGUUGCUUCGGCUAUCCCAAUCAAGAUGCGAAAAGAGUCGGCCCAAUUCGCAGUGCCUCAAUCGGUUCCCGUCCCACAUCACAACCCUCGUCACAACGAAGAGUUCAACUAUGUUCAGAGACACGUCCGAAAGACAAGCAUUGAUGAGAGACGCCCUCGGAAACGACCCGCGGAUUUCUCCCCUCAUGUCCCAGCCGUCAAUAGCAUCAUGAUACCCAAUGAACCGAACCACGAGGAUGACCUGAAUGAAUAUUCUCUCGAUCAGCCACAUCCGCCAGAUAUGCAGAGCUCAAACCACGGUGGCUUGCCCUUUCAUCUUGAUACAUUUAAUAUGGAACAUGAUCCAAUAAUAACAUCCGCCGGACCCUACCAAAGCAACUUCCCAUUCUCACCUUCACAAUCCCCCCUCGUCCAACACGGUCCAUUUUCCGCCAUGUACAAUAACGGCCCCAUGCCCUCUUCGUCCCUCAACUCGAAUGAUUAUUAUUCUCCUCCGGCAAGUGCCUAUCCAUCCGCUGUUUCUACCCCGCAGCCUAUCCCAGAGAAUGAUCAAAUGUACUUUCCCCAGCACGGAAUGGAUAUGCGCCAUCAAAGACCUCAUACUUUUAGUCAUGGGCCUUCAAGUCUGUCCAACUCCAUGGCUCCGCAGUACAUGUAUAACGCCAAUGGUGGCUCGAUGUUUACGCAAGUUACGUCGGCAGGUCCGUCGAACUCAUUUACUUCGCCGGCAUCUUUUGGAAUGGCGCAACAUAUAGACCCAUCGCAGGUCUUCCAACCAGAUAAUCCGGCGCGUUCACCUGGUGUUCACAUGGGGCAUGAAAACAUGUUCAGUUUUGGUGGUGAUUCCGACAACGAGGAUGAUGAAGGAGCAGCAUUUGCUGAUAGGACCCUCAUGAUGCAACACGAAUUCGGUCAGUCACCGAUGGACGAUCCGAAUAUGGAGAUGGGACCUGGAGGAUUGCAGUGGGAUGCGUCUUUACCAGGGCAAUUCAAUACACAAGCAGCAAGAUAUCCAGGUGGUCCACCGAGGAAACAAGUUACAAUUGGAGGAACUGCCGAUAUUUCCUCGCCCCUUGAAUGGGAUGGAUCAGGAGGGUCGCUUGGGAGAACACAUGCAUCUGCGCAAUCAGUCUCUGACAAUCGGUCAAGGAAUGACAGACGGCAGAAGAUUCCAAGGACUGCUUCGACUCCAAACACGACUAUGUUGGGACAACGCAAUGGAAUGUUUGAACAGCAUAUGGCACAGUCAAAUCCCAACUCGCCGCCCGAGGGGAACAUGUCUGGCUUCUCUUCAGUAGGACCCAGUAGACCAUCAUCGCCAGGUGGUUCGAAGCAUGGCUCGUCAACGAAUCUUGCUGGGGCUGCAGGUCAGGGCGAGAAUGGUGUUCCAACGACCUGUACAAAUUGCUUUACGCAAACCACUCCGCUUUGGAGGAGGAAUCCCGAAGGUCACCCUCUUUGCAAUGCUUGUGGACUGUUCUUGAAGUUGCAUGGCGUUGUUCGACCACUUUCGCUGAAAACAGAUGUCAUCAAGAAGCGCAACCGGGGAUCAGGAGCGUCUCUUCCGGUUGGCGGAUCCGGUGGUGCAGCAACGCGUGCCUCGAAGAAGAUGGGCGUUCAAUCUACAAGUGGUCCUAAUACCCGGAAGAAUUCCAUCGUUGCAACCACCAAUACCGCCCCUGCAACCCAAGCGACUACGCCAACCAGCGCCAGAGCCAGAAGUGUCAAUGAAAGUCAGAGUCCGCCAUCGAUUUCCGGAUCAGGAGGAGGGGGAAGUACAGCCAGCACACCGACGUCUUAUCACGGAUCUGCGGGGUCAUCCGUUGGUGCAACCGGGGUAAGCGGUGGAAAAGGAGUUGUUCCAAUCGCAGCAGCUCCUCCAAAACCCACCCCGGGUCCCGGAGCAGCAGCGUCUAGCAUGCCACGAUCAAAUGUAGCGGUCGCCCCCAAACGCCAGCGACGACACAGCAAAUCGGUCAGUGCUAUCGAGAGUAUGGAUAUCGAUUCGCCAGAGAACUCGACAGGUUCGAACGAAGCUGCAAAGUCGCUUGGUAUGGGCAUGAUGAAUUCAGGCAGCAUGACAAACAUGGGCCUUGCAAAUGGCUUUGGCAUGACGACGAGACCGAUGGGACCUGGUAUGGGUAUGCCUGGAAUGGGUGGUAUGGGUGGACCACCACCUGGAAUGGUCAUGGGACAGAAUGGAGUCGGAGGCGCCGGUGCAGGGCCUCAGGAAUGGGAAUGGUUGACUAUGAGUCUAUGAUCCUUAUCCACGACGACGAAUCUCAUUCCGACAAUUACGAUAAUCCACUUUUGCUUUCACCUGCACAUUAUUUAUAUACGGGGGUCUGGCGGCUUAAUUGUGUUUCGUCAUAAACGGGAUUACAACGGUGCUUUUUGGCUUUGUUUGGGCCUAAUUUUUACGACUCGGCUGACUCUUGUUUUCCAUCUCACUACUUCGGCUCCGCUAUAUACAUAAAGGGGAAGCGGGACAGGAGGCGAGGACAUCUGGUUCUGCGAACGUACGACUGCACGCACGCUUCUCUUCUUUGGGACAUCUCGGUAUCUGGAUUUAUUGGUGGGAUUGGAUGUUUGUGCUAUUUUUUGAUACCAUCGUUUGCUUUUUAUCGUUCGGACGUCUGGGGUCUUGGAACCUAUCUUCGUUCUGUCUGUCUGUGUGGUGUGGUGCGGUGCCAAUGCACCAUUAUGAUCACAGCUUGCAAUUUUUAUGGCUUGAUAGAAGGUUGGUGCUGGCUUGCUCUUUGCGCUGCGAGGGACGACAAGUUGCGGGUUGGUGCUGGUCUGGUUUGAUUUGAUUGAUGAUUUGUUCUGGUUUGAUCUGAUGGUUGGAUGUGUUUAUGUGUGAUGACCCUACUGGCUUUUAAAGGCUAGGUCAUAGGAUAAGCUUUUUCCUAAGUUCCUUGGUUUGAGUAUUGGGGAUGAGAUGAUCGAGGCGAGGCGAGGAGACAGGAUUAUGAGAUCUGAGUCUGAUUUUUGAGCAUAUAGUGGGGAGUUCUUACAGUAAUUUACAAAUGGUGUUGAGGUGGAGCGGGGUGCAGUGGUGUGGUGUGGAGUUGUUGUUCCGGCUACGGUUACUUGGUUGCUUGCUUGGUUGCUUACUUGCUUGCCUAUGAUACCUGAUAGAUUUGAGCAGAGCGUGUCAGUCAGACAGAGAGAUGGAUGAUAUACAGAUUUAGUAAUGGAUGUUGUACCAAUCUCAAUUUAUGACUUACUCCUUUCCCGUGCUUGAAUAUGCAUCGUGAGGUGUGCUUAUAGGUGCUGGAUGGAUAGAUGGAUUAGAUUUAUGGACG